GAAGUCGUCUAUGUCAACACGGUGAACCGUUUCCUCCUCACGACGUUUCUCCUCCGAUGCUUUAAAUCAUGAAUCCUCUGACCAAGGUGAAGCUGAUCAACGAGCUGAACGAGCGGGAGGCCGACCUGGGCAUCAACGAGGCCGUUUCAUGGCACAGCGUGUACAAGGACAGCGCCUGGAUCUUUGUUGGAGGCUUCCCCUACGAGCUGACCGAGGGAGACCUGAUCUGCGUCUUCUCUCAGUAUGGCGAGGUCGUCAACAUCAACCUGGUGAGAGACAAGAAGACGGGCAAGUCCAAAGGCUUCUGCUUCAUCUGCUACGAGGACCAGAGGAGCACCAUCCUGGCUGUGGACAACUUCAACGGCAUCAAGAUCAAAGGUCGGACCAUCCGCGUGGAUCACGUCAAGGACUACCGUCCCCCCAAAGACCACGAGGACAUCGACGAUGUCACCAAACGCCUCAGAGAGGACGGCUGUGCCCCCAGAGAUCCUCCCGCCGCCUCAGAGGAAGAGGAGCAGGACGCCAUACCUGUGAAGAAGGCCAAGAAAGAUAAGAAGGAGAAGAAGAAGAAAAAGAAAGAGAAGAAGGAGAAGAAGAAAAAGCGGAGAGAGUCCUCUUCCUCGUCGGAUUCGUCUCCUCGUCAUCCGCCUGUCGCCGUCCAGGUCAAAGAGGAGAAGCAGGACUCCGCCUACGACAAGUACAACCAGCAGGGGGCGCAGAACGGACAGAGGACGGCGGAGAGAGGGAGAGGAAGGGACAGGGAGGAGGAGCAAGGCAGGAGGGACGGAAAGGACAGGGACAGAGAGACGGAGAGAGAGCACAGAGACAGAAGACAAGACGAUGACAGAGAGGACAGGAAGAAAGAGACGGACAGAAGGAGAGACGGCGAGAAGAGAAAAGAGGACAGAGACGACAGAUGGAGAGAGACAGAUCGAGAGGACAGACGGAGGGAGAGGGAGCGGGACGAUGGCAGAAGACGAGACAGAGACGACAGGAGACGAGACGCGGAGCGGCGAUGAAGGCUGGACUGUAGAUGUUUUCUGUGAUGUCACUUCCUCCACCGCCCGAGGGCUCAGCUGUCAUAACACGGCGGCGCCUCCAGAGGGCGGUGGUGAGGCGCUG